AUGAUUAUUCCAGAUCUCUACUCGAAUGCCAAAGGAGGGACAGUAUCCUGCUCCGAGUGGCUGAAGAAUCUAAAUCAUGUCAGCUAUGGCUGUUUGACCUUCAAAUAUGAAAGGGGUUCUAACUGCUACUUGCUCAUGUCUGUUCAAGAGAAUUUAGCAAGAAAAUUUGGAAAGCACUAUGGAACUAUUCUCAUUAUACCCACAGCAGAGUUCCAAGACAGGAUAUCAGGUGCCUCAGAGAAAGACACCGUGCACACUGGCUUGGCGUACACAGUGGAGUGUUCUGCCACGCAAAUUAUGUGCCUAGUCAUGAAGUGUAACCUCAGAUUGAACCUGAGAACCACCGUCUAUGUCAACGCCAUUCAGAAAGGCUUCAAAGUAUGCAAUGAAGCCAGUGUGACCUUUGUGUAG